GGUGUAGUCCUUGCGGUCGAUCCUACUGUAGGUUGGUAGGUGGCGGGAAAGGCAGAGUGGAGCGGGUCGGCGGCGUUAGGGAUCUGAGAAGUCGGUGUCACCCCGGGACCUGACUGAACCAACCUGAGCCUCGCCUCGCCGCGCCGGGGGGAGAGACAUUAAUCACCGCUAGAGUAUGUUUGUUGAAGAGCCUCUUCCUUCUCCCUAAAUUUUGACAGUUCAGUGGAUUGGGGUUGUAGGUGUUGAACUGUUACCAGGAUGCUCCGACGAAAACCCACCCGCCUGGAGUUGAAACUAGAUGACAUUGAGGAGUUUGAGAGUAUCCGGAAGGAUCUGGAGACCCGUAAAAAACAAAGGGAAGAGGUGGACGUGGUGGGAGCCAGUGAUGGGGAAGGAGCUAUUGGCCUGAGCAGUGACCACAAGACCCGAGAACAAAUGAUCAAUGACCGAAUUGGUUAUAAACCUCAGCCCAAGCCCAAUAAUCGUUCAUCUCAGUUUGGAAGCUUUGAGUUUUAGAGUUUAUCGAUAAAUUAUCCUAUGUGCCUGUAAUGAGGUAAAGGCAAAAAUUAAAAUACUGCUUAGAGAACUAAGCGCUUGAAGACUACCAGAAUAUUUUGCCUUCAUGAGAUCCCCAUGAGGCUGGGCUUCUUUAUUCAGAAGAAAUUUGAACUCUAGUUGGUGUCUGAAACAUUUUCAUCUUCCUCUCCAGAGAACUUGUAUUUU